UGACGAAAGCGACGCCUAGCAGUUCAGCUGGGAGUUAGCAAUCAGUUUCUCACCGCUGGUCACCCUGUGAAAUUUUCUUUGAGGUGUUGUUCUCUCAAAAUACCCUAAAAUUCCAGAAAGAUGCCUCUGCUGCUGAGAGGAGCCCGCAUGCUGGCCACCCGAGGGGCGCGCCUGAUGCAGUCCCGUGGCUACGCCGAUGAAAUGAAACUCACCUUUGCGGCCGCCAAUCAGGUGUUCUACGAUGAUCUGGAAGUCCGGCAAAUCGACGUCCCCACAUUCAGCGGCCACUUCGGCAUUCUGCCCAAGCACGUGCCCACGCUGGCCGUGCUGCAGCCGGGCGUGGUGCAGGUGUACGAGAAGGACGGCUCCUCGAAGAAGUUCUUCGUCUCCAGCGGAACUGUGACUGUGAACAAUGACUCCUCCGUGCAAGUGCUCGCCGAGGAGGCUCAUCCCGUGGAGAGUCUGGACAUCAGCGCAGCCCGUGAGGUUCUGCAGACGUCUCAGCAGGAGCUGUCAUCGGCACAGGGUGAUGUGGCGAAGGCGGAAGCUGCGAUUGCUGUGGAGGUUUCCGAGGCCCUGGUGAAGGCUGCGCAGUAGGAAUAUCCGAGAAUGGCAUCUUCUCAUAAUGAUUAGAUUGUGAAAUGUAAAGGAGAUUGAUAAAAAGUCAUGAAAAUACUUCAAAAUUGCGGUUUA